CGUGGCGCGGACAUGGCGCUGUUCUGCAUCCGCAGGUACCGCCGGCUCCGGGGCUGCGUCCCCCCGGGCUCGGCCUUGGGCGCCGCUUCUCCCCGGCCUUGGGCUCGGGCUGGGUGCGGGAGCUGCGCCCCGGCGUGCCCCCCGGGCCCCAUCGGCGGUGCCUGAUGGGGUUUUGUCUGGGCUGUUCCAGGUACACCGGGGAGGAGGAAGAGCGGGAGGAGGGCUCCGAGGCGGAGGAGCGGGCUCGGGUCCUGCUAGAGAGGCUGCGGCAGCAGGCGAGGGUCCGGCAGCUGAAGAAGCAGCAGCAGGACGUGCAGCCCGAAGGAGGGGAGAGCGAGCGGCCCAGAGGGGAAGGAAAGAAGAAGGGGGAGAGCCAAGAGCAGCCCUGCGCGCAGGGCCAGAAGCAGCUAAAGAAGAAACGGCAGCCUCGCGGCUCUUCCGAAGAAAGGGCGAGCGCUGAGGAGGCAGCAGCUGGCAACACUCCACCCAAGAAGAAAAACGGGCGUAAAAGAAGAUUGGAAGCAGGUUCUGGAGAAGACAUCAAUCAACAAGAAAACGGAAGCAGUCUUAAAAAUAAGUCUCCUAAAAGGAAAAAGAAGGAUGAGGAAACAGAGGGAUCUGAAACGAGAAAGAAAGAGAACAGUGAAAGAGCUGAAGGAAUUGAAAGCACAAAGGAGGAGCUGUCCUUAGCAGCCUCCAAGGAAGAGACACAUCUUCCACCCUCCAGUCUCGCAGUUUUUGGAGACUAUGUCAGCAAACCAGUGCAGAAGGUUCAGCCCUUCUUACCACAGUGGCUUGCUCAACCCAAACUGGUGCAAAAACGUAUCAAGGAUAAUCUAGUUCCAAUCACAGAAGUCCCAGGAAUUCAUCCCAGGUUGUUGAAAAAGCUGCAAAUGAACGGGAUAGAGUCAUUUUUUCCAGUUCAGGCAGAGGUGAUUCCUGCCAUUCUGCAGAGCGCAUCCAGUGGGUAUCUGGUGGGGCCGGGAGGAUACCGCCCCAAAGACAUCUGCGUCUCAGCACCUACUGGCAGUGGUAAAACCCUGUCUUUUGUCAUACCCAUAGUCCAGGUUCUGCUUGACCGAGUUGUUUGCCACGUUCGAGCUCUGGUUGUUCUGCCCACCAAAGAACUGGCGCAGCAGGUGAGUAAAGUGUUCAACAUUUACACUGAUGGGACAGGUCUGAAGGUUGUUUUGAUUACUGGCCAGAAGCCUUUUGCAAAGGAGCAGGAGAUGCUUGUCCAGAAAAAAGUGACAGGCUACUGCAGCCUGGCCGAUAUCGUUGUGGCUACACCAGGCCGGCUCACAGAUCACAUUAGCCAGACCCCAGGGUUCAGCCUGACGCAACUUCGCUUCCUGAUCGUAGACGAAGCUGACCGUAUGAUCGAUGACAUGCACCAGAACUGUCUGAACCAAAUUGUCAAAGCUGUGUUCCAAGCACAUGACUCUAGCUGCAACGCGCUUUUUCAGAGGACCAAACCAGGGCCUAUAACAGCAGCCAACUCCUGCUAUCCUCAGAUACCCUUACAGAAACUGCUGUUUUCAGCCACACUGACCCAGGACCCAGAGAAACUGCAGCAGCUGGACUUAUUCCAGCCUCGCCUCUUCACCUCUGUCUAUUCAGAGAAAAAAACACUUGGAGGUGGAGCAGAGACUGAACAUGACACCAAUAAGAAGUACACACUCCCUGAGGGACUAUCGCAAUGUUAUGUGCCUUGUGACCUGAAUUCCAAGCCGUUGCUCCUCUUGCAUUUCAUGCUGACAAUGAAGUUUACCCGUGUGUUGUGCUUUACAAACUCCAGGGAAGCUUCCCACAGAUUGUUCCUGCUGGUUCAAGCCUUUGGUGGAGUCACCGUGGCUGAAUUUUCUUCUCGGUUAGCUCCAAAGGAGAGACAGAGAACCAUGAAGGAAUUUGAACAAGGAAAGAUACAGCUGUUAAUCAGCACAGAUGCCACUGCACGGGGGAUCGACGUCCAAGGAGUAAAUUAUGUCAUAAACUAUGAUGCGCCUCAGUUCAUAAGGACAUACGUUCACCGAGUUGGAAGAACGGCUCGUGCAGGAAAAGCGGGCGUGGCUUUCAGUUUGGUCCUUAGAAUUCAGGAACGUAGAUUUCUGCGGAUGUUGAAGGAUGCUGGAAUCCAGGACAUGAAGAAGCACCCAGUGAAGGGCAACUCCUUAAAGCCGUUGGUGCAGCAGUAUGAGGCAGCUCUGUGUAAGCUUGAGAAGACAGUUAAGAACGAGCGAGCGCAGAGACGAGCCUGAAUGAAUGGAAGCCAAGAAGGUCAUGUUUCGUGGCAAUGAAGCUGCUGAGCAGGAUUGGUCAUGGACUGCUACCCAGCACAGUGGCAGUGAGACAUGGCCCCUGGAUGGAGCUGAAUGCUUGGCUCCUCAACCUUAUCAUAUCUGAAGUCAGCUAUUCCGAGCCUCGUUCCCCUUUCAAGGACUCUGCAAACAGAGUCCAGUUACUGGUUUUAAAAAAAAAUCAAGAUAUAGUUGUCUUGAAGAGGACUUUGUAUCGUGUCCUGCUGCCUUGUGUAAAACCCCUGCCAGUGAAGAGAGGAGCCGUUACGCAACUCCUGAGUGUGGGCCUGAUGGAACUGCUGCUCACCUGAGGCGAGGGCUGUGCCCUCCUUGCCUCCAAACCAGGACAGCUCAUGGCUCUGACUUGCUGCACAGGCAGCUGCAUCUGCAAAUGGACAGACACCUCUACAGUGCCUCUAGCAGAAGCCUGUUGAAGAGCUGCCCAGGCUGAAAGAACUGCAACUUUUGGAUAAAUACUAUAUAUAUUUUUAAAACGGUGUCUAAUAAAUAUUCCUGGGUACAGCGAUGGAAA